GGGGGGAGGGGGAAUUGCACGACAGCUCCCAGCAUGCUCUGCGCCUGCGUGAGCCAAAGCGAGGGGGUCUGAGGGGACCCGCGAGCUGCGUCAUCCGCACAGCAUGCUGGGAACAGCAGUCCCCAUCUCCGGGCAGGCGGGAGCCGCGCUGAGGGUCCCCGGCCGCCCAGGUCCCUGGUGGGAAAAGUGCAUAUCACGUGACUGGGAGAGCUGCGCGGUGAUUGGCUGCGGGCGGGGCCGGCACAAGCGCUUCCGGUGUCUCAGGUUCGGACGGCGACGACAGGCUGCUUGUUUGGAUGCUGCCGUCACAUCAUGGCGACGCGCGGAGCCGAAGCAGCGCGCGGCGGAGGCAGUAGCAACAGCGCUGUAGGGUCCGGACGGAGCCGGCGCCAUAGCCUGGGGCAGCGGGAGGAGGCGGCGGCAGUGGCGGCAGCGCGGGGCAGCCCUGAGUUUAUGGUUGGUACAACAGGUGAAACUGGAAUUUGUGAGAUCGGAAUGAAUACCCAGGAUCAGUUGGUGAACAGCAAAUGCAUUGAAUCUGACACAACUUUGCAACAUCUGCAAUCCAAUUGUGAUGGCAUAGAAAGUACAGGUGCAUUGGAAGAUGAAGAUUAUAUCACAAAAAAUAGAAAGCCAGUGGGUUCAACGUACUGUACUCAUGAAUCACGUGAGGAGACUCCUGGGAGAGAAGAAGCCCGUACUGAGCCACCUGAUGGCCAACAAGAUCCGGAGACUGAAAAAAACAAAGAGAAAACCUUAGGAAAAGAAGUACUGUUGUUGAUGCAAGCCUUGAACACACUUUCUACUCCAGAAGAAAAGUUGGCAGCUCUCUGCAAGAAAUACGCUGAUCUUUUGGAGGAGAGCCGGAAUGUUCAAAAGCAGAUGAAGAUACUGCAGAAGAAACAAGCGCAGGUUGUGAAAGAGAAAGUCCACUUGCAGAGUGAGCAUAGCAAGGCCAUUCUAGCACGCAGCAAACUGGAAUCUCUGUGCCGGGAGCUUCAGCGUCAUAACAAGACUUUAAAGGAAGAAAACAUGCAGCAAGCACGUGAAGAAGAGGAGAGACGUAAAGAAGCAACUGCACAUUUCCAGAUCACACUGAAUGAAAUUCAGGCCCAGCUGGAACAGCAUGAUAUACACAAUGCCAAGCUCCGCCAAGAAAAUAUUGAAUUGGGGGAGAAGCUGAAGAAACUAAUUGAACAGUAUGCUUUGCGGGAAGAGCAUAUUGACAAAGUGUUCAAGCAUAAAGAAUUACAGCAACAACUGGUGGAUGCCAAACUUCAGCAAACAACACAACUUAUAAAAGAAGCUGAGGAAAAACAUCAGAGAGAGAGGGAGUUUCUAUUAAAAGAAGCCACUGAGUCCAGACACAAAUGUGAGCAGAUGAAGCAGCAGGAAGCCCAACUAAAACAGCAGCUUUCUCUUUACAUGGAUAAGUUUGAAGAAUUCCAGACCACCAUGGCAAAGAGCAAUGAACUUUUUACAACCUUCAGACAAGAAAUGGAAAAGAUGACCAAGAAGAUAAAAAAACUGGAAAAAGAGACAAUAGUGUGGCGUACAAAAUGGGAAAACAACAACAAAGCUCUUCUGCAAAUGGCUGAAGAGAAAACAGUUAGAGACAAAGAAUACAAAGGCUUUCAAAUAAAACUGGAGCGUUUAGAGAAGCUGUGCAGGGCUCUUCAGACUGAGCGGAAUGAGCUGAACGAGAAGGUGGAAGUUCUUAAGGAACAGGUUUCUGUAAAAGAAGCAGAUGUGGAUCUAGCAGUUCAGGUGUUGCAGUCAUGCACACUCAAUUCCCAUGAGGAGCUGGGAACUUCCACUGAUACAGAACCAGGAAUUCAAUCAGAUGCUGAAUCAAGUGCAGCAAAUGAAGGAAACGGCUCUGAAAAGACUGUCUCCACGAGUCCUGUUCCUGUUGACUAAAAUGAAGCGUAAACACUGUAUUGAGAGAUAUAUUUUGUGUAUAACUUUCUCUGUUGGUGGUAACUAUUGGUUUUGUGGUGAAAAUUUUCUUACUUUUUCUACCAUAUAUGUAUUUUCUUAGAACUACUGGACUUAUGUGGUACAGGAAGCUGCAUAGCAGCUUUGAAUAGCGUAAUCUAUACAUUUUCCACAACUGUGUUGCACAUCUGCCUCAUUUUAAAAAAAUAUUUUUCCAUAAAGAAUGCACGUGCAUUUUCCUUUCCCCUAAACACAAAUCUCACCAUGUCAGUUAAGACUUGUGUACAGAUUUAACAUUUCAUGGGGAAAAGUGACGGGAGUGUUACUUCAUUGGUUUGAAAAUAACAUUUUGCUUCUGUUAACUGAACUAAGGUUUGGUAUACUAAUGUAAUUACCAAACUCUUCAGUAAAUUAUCUACAUUCAUCUAAUGGCCAGUAGGAACUUCAGCUAUCUCACCUGAUUAUAUAUGAAAAUAAUGGUCCAGAAUAUGAUCAAGAAUAUUUUACAGGGUUUUAGUGUAGUUGUGGUAUGACAAAAACAGCUUUCAAAUAUACAUACUUUAAUUUGCAGCUGGUAAAACAGGGUGUACAACUUUCUUGCAGACUUCUCAGGAUUGUGCUCUAAGGUUAAUUCACAGACAGACAGCCUAUAUUUGCCCUCCCUGUGAAUGUGUUCAAUUUAAUUUGCAAAGAAAGCAUACAGGAAUGAAUGUUUAUGGAGUGAAGUUGUCUGUAAUGAAAUAUACACAACUGCAGAAGUUAGUCAUGUUAUGUCCCUUAACAUAAAGCCUCAGCAUUGCAGAGAAUUCAUAAAAUGAUUAUUUCUGAUUAGAGAAGUUACAUUAAAUCUGGAUAUUUUAAAACAAGGAGUUCUUGUAGAUUUGUUGAUACUUAAGAUACCAACCUUUGGUUUGGAUGUUCUUUACUUAGCACUGUAUGCAAUAUAUUUAAGGAUCUGUAAAGAACACAGUUAAUAUUUGAUCAUGUGGAUUCAAAUAUAUUCCUAGAGUAAAACAUUUAACUUGUCACACACCUAACCUGAAAAGUCACUGAUCAGCAGACAGAGUGCCUUCCUGGUACCUACUGCUUGCCUGGUAAAUUGGUAAUUCAGAGGUUUCAUGUUAAACUAAUAUGCCAUAAGUAAAAAAAAAAAAAAAAAUUACAUUUAAAAAAAUGUAAUGGACUGCAGUUGUGAGCCAUACAGAGUUUCACUUUGAAAACCUGGGUAUCAAAUUUUUAAGGGAACUGUUCUCUGGGACAGGCUGGGACCAACAUUUAUUUUUAGCAAGGCAGGAAAUGUAGGCAGGUCAUGUAUUAAGUAACAAGCUACUGUUAAGUUUAGCCCAUAUAUGUUCGCUUUCUAGUUUCAGUUGCUGUCACUUUUAUUUUAAGAGAUACAAAUGUGUAGCUUUUUCUGGUACUUAAUGUUCUUUGCACUUAACUUCAGUGGGGGAUUUCUGAACCAAGCACAUAACUUUCAAUGCGCUUCCCUCCCCGCCCCUUUUGUUCUUUUUGGCAGUUUAGUGGCUAAAUUACUUGAAUGUUCAGGCUGCACUGAGCUCUUGAUCCCUUCCCUGAUGUAAUGAUGUACAUUAAAAUAAUGUAGAUGUCUUAUAAAGAGAAUAAGGUUGUAUAAAGCCUGAUAAAUGUGUUUUAGCUCAUACCACUGAACAAAACUGUAUCAAACUGACAUUUCUUAAAUUGUGUAGCAAAUGAGUGACAUAAAUUGGGAACUGGCCAGUUUUUCUCUUCAAUUUGCACAGUCUGUUUUGUAUUCGUGGCCACACGUGGUGAAGUAAUGAGAAGGUAGAGGUGAGCAGUCAGAGGUUGGACUCAACUUUGAAACACUAAUCACGUUAACCACAUGGCAACAAAAAUACUGGAAAGAAGAAACAUCCUUCCAAAGUUGCUUUAUCAAAUGAUUUGUCUGAUGUUGUGUGUUGUCAUGGAAUCAACAAACUGUAACAGAAGUAAGUUUUUAAAUUUCUGCCAAAACUGGUCUUCAGUUAAUAAAUUAAGUGAGCGUGAAAUCAUUUUCCUGAGGGCAAGUGAAAAUCUUAAUGUAUCAAUUACAGCACAACAUACCCUUGGCAAAAAGUACAAAUUUCACAAGUGAAGUGGAAAGUGCAGUUUUCUCUUUUUAAAAUGUAUUUGGUCUCCUGUAUCUAUAACCAACUUUCUUUUUAUAAUGCGUGUUCCAUGUGUAGUCAAGAGUGAACUUUGGACUCUGCCGCAAGGGCUGUAAAGAUAUGUGAGCCGAAUGGAAGAGCAGUACAGAUAUAUGUAGUUACUGGCCUACAUGUGUAAAUGAAGCAGAAUGCCACUAGUAAAGGGUUUUAAGGAAUCUGGGAUUUUCUUCCUAUCUCUGUGUGACCCUGAAAAGGUCCCACAUCACACCAACUUCUUCCCUCUAGCAAAGAUGGGCUGGACUUGGCUUCCUGGACGCAGUUAAUGUCAUUCCAUGCACUGGCCAAAGGGGUGUUGCUACAAAGAAUGCAGGUGAUAAGCCCAGUGCUCACUGAUCUGCCACACAGCAGGCUGUUGCACUGCCACUGUACAGCCACAUUGGUUCCAGUAGGGUUUUUAUGGAAACUUGUAUUGUGUCUCUUCCACUACCACAACUGUUUAAUCUGGGCUGUAAAUUUAUGUAGCCUCUGAUGUGUACACCUAAUUGUCAGUUGGGCCCAUGAUUUUUAGCAUGAUUAGGGCUGCGCCAAAAAAAAAAAAAAAACUAAAUUGUAUGUGAUGCAAGACCCAAAUACAUAUAGUAGUGUACACAUCUACGUUAGGGCUGUAUCUCUCCAAUCUGUUUUGUCCUUCCUUUAUUACACUUACACCUGGUUAUAUUACAGUUUAAUUCUCAGGUGUUGCAGAAAAUCUACCUCUUCAGACUGUAGAUGGAAAUAACUGUGAAAAAAGUGAUGCAGAAAUCUAGUUUGUGCUAAACACACUGCUUUAUUUUUACAACCAUGUCUGCUUUCAUGAGAAAAAAAAGUUGAUAAAUGAACAGGCAGUCUUGUUUUGCUUUUCAAAAACAUUUUGUAGGGAUUUUUCACUAAUGUGAAUCUGAAAUUUUAUCUACUCGAUUCUGUAUAGAUUAAGUAAAUAUGUAUGCUUAAUA